UUAGGUUAGGAUUGAGGUUAUGUAAAAAACGAAGUUGGGUUUGGGAACACAUAAGUUAAUCACUUAUACGGUCAGAAGUUGGGAGGAAAGCUGUUGUAACCAUAAAAUAGAGCUAAUAUCCUACCAACAUGUAUAAAAUUAAUUUUGCACAAAGGAGUUCUGUCAUGUUUGCUAGGCAUGUAGUAAAAAAUGGUAAGCUAGACAAUAGUGUACUUUUCAAACUUAAAGACAAAAAUCACUCUCAUUUACAUUCUAGAUGUUUAUCUAGCUUAUGUGGGUACAGCACUGAAUAUUCUCCGGUUGGUUGUUUAACAUCAAGUCAUAGAUAUUAUGUUAAUAGUUUUCAAACACAGAUUUGCUCAAGACACAUAAGAUCUUUUAGCCAGAAAUCAAGCUCGUCAAAUGAUGAUGAUGAUGAUCCUAAAUCGCCAGAUGAUGGUUCUGCUUCAGAAGAUUACAUAGUCCAUCAAGCACUACCAGCCACUGUUGUUGUGCCAGAGGUUUGGCCUCAUGUUCCUCUAAUAGCAGUCAACAGGAAUCCUCUUUUCCCACGCUUCAUAAAGCUCAUCGAUAUUACGAAUCCAAUGCUGAUUGAUUUAAUCAGGAGGAAAGUAAAAUUAAAUCAUCCAUACUGUGGUGUUUUCCUGAAGCGCAGUGAAGAAAAUGACAGCCAAGUAGUAAACAAUGUAAAUGAUGUUUACUCAAUCGGGACGUUUGCCCAAAUACAGGAGCUACACGAUAUGGGUGAGAGAUUGCGAUUGGUUGUUCUAGCCCAUCGAAGGAUUAAGCUGAUUAACUCAAUUCAAGACAUCGAAGAAGUACCUCCGGCAAAUGAGAUGGUCCUGAAGUUUCCAAUGUUACAAACCGACGUAAACGUGUCUGUUGAAGAGUCUGCGGUGGGUCGCAGAAAAGCUCGCAAUCGAAAGCCGAAGCCUCCAGCUCCAGAGCAACCGGAGAUCCCACCAGAAGUUCAGGGAGAGAAGAAGGAGACGGACCCGGAUGUAAACCCUGUCUUGAUGGUAGAGGUGGAGAAUAUUGUGCACGACAAAUUCAGACAGACUGAAGAAGUUAAGGCUCUGACACAAGAGGUGAUAAAGACCAUCAGAGACAUAAUCUCGCUGAACCCUCUGUACCGGGAGUCUCUACAGCAGAUGUUACACCAGGGACAGCGAGUGGUAGACAACCCGGUGUACCUGUCGGACCUCGGCGCAGUGCUGACCGGCGCAGAGCCUGGCGAACUACAGGCCGUCCUGGAGGAGAUGGACAUACCAAAGCGACUGAUGCUGUCCCUGUCGCUACUCAAGAAGGAGUACGAAUUGAGUAAGCUGCAACAGAAGAUCGGCCGAGAGGUGGAGGAGAAGGUGAAACAGCAACAUCGCAAGUACAUCCUGCAGGAACAACUCAAGGUCAUCAAGAAGGAGCUGGGCAUGGAGAAGGACGACAAAGACGCCAUCGGAGACAAGUUCAGGGAGAGAAUCAAGGAAAUGAAAGUUCCAACAGCUGUUAUGGAGGUUUUAGAAGAGGAGCUACUCAAGUUGAGUAUGCUGGAGAGCCAUUCAUCUGAGUUCAACGUGACUCGCAACUACUUGGACUGGUUGACCUCGCUGCCAUGGGGCAUCAUGAGUGAGGAGAACUUGGACCUAACCCAGGCUGCGACUACCCUAGACGAGGACCAUUAUGGCAUGGAGGACGUCAAGAAGAGAAUACUGGAGUUCAUCGCUGUCAGUCAGCUGAAGGGUUCAACCCAAGGAAAGAUCCUGUGCUUCUAUGGGCCUCCGGGAGUGGGGAAAACAAGUAUUGCCAAGUCAAUCGCCAAAGCCUUGAAUCGUAAGUAUUUCAGAUUCAGCGUAGGAGGCAUGACAGAUGUGGCUGAGAUCAAGGGACAUCGCAGAACAUACGUAGGCGCCAUGCCGGGAAAACUGAUACAGUGUCUCAAGAAGACAAAGACGGAAAAUCCUCUUGUUCUCAUUGAUGAGGUGGACAAGAUUGGAAGGGGUUACCAAGGGGAUCCGUCGUCUGCCUUGUUGGAGAUGUUGGACCCUGAGCAGAACGCUAACUUCCUCGACCACUACCUCGAUGUUCCAGUAGACCUGUCUAAGGUAUUGUUUAUCUGCACAGCCAACGUCAUAGAUACAAUCCCAGAGCCACUGAGGGACAGGAUGGAGAUGAUUGAUGUGUCUGGCUACGUGGCCGAGGAAAAGAUGGCUAUAGCCAAGCAGUACCUCAUUCCACAGGCCAUGCGGGACUCAGGCCUACAGGUUGAACAGAUAACGAUCAAAGAUGACUCCCUCGGCAAAUUAAUUAAGUCAUACUGCAGAGAGAGUGGAGUGAGAAAUCUACAGAAGCACAUUGAGAAGGUGGUGCGGAAAGUUGCGUUCAAAGUUGUGAAGAAGGAAUCGGACAGCGUGGAGGUGACUGCAGACAAUCUGCAGGAGUUUGUUGGCAAACCUGUAUUUACACACGAUCGGAUGUACGAAGUGACACCUCCGGGAGUAGUCAUGGGACUGGCAUGGACUGCGAUGGGGGGUUCCACUCUGUUUAUCGAAACAGCUCUUCGCCAACAGGUGGACACGGAGAGCAAGUCUUCAGCUCCUGGUGGGUCUGUAGAACUGACCGGACACCUGGGGGAUGUGAUGAAGGAGAGUUGUCGCAUAGCGCUGACUGUGGCCCGCAACACACUGAGGGAGCUGCAGCCUGACAACACGUUCCUCACCAGCAAUCACAUCCACAUACACGUGCCUGAGGGUGCCACACCCAAGGACGGCCCCAGCGCUGGUGUCACUCUCGUGACAGCUCUGUUGUCACUGGCUCUAGACAAGCCGAUACGUCAGAACGUGGCCAUGACUGGAGAGAUAUCUCUCAGAGGCAUUGUCUUGCCUGUGGGUGGCAUCAAGGAGAAAACCAUCGCGGCAAAGCGAGUUGGUGUAUCUUGCAUAAUUCUUCCAGAGGAAAACAAGAAAGAUUUUAACGACUUACCCAAAUAUAUCACAGAUGGUCUAGAAGUGCAUUUUGUCAGUAAUUACAUGGAUGUGUACAAAAUAGUGUUUCCUAAAAGUUAAGACACCGCUUAGAUUUUAAGUUUAUUGUUAUUAGACUAAACAAAUCUUUACAAAACAUUAUAAUGCAGAACUGACUGAUAGUGUAAACUGCCUGUAAGUAAUUUAAUUAUUUAUACGAUACCAAUGUUAAUUAAAAUGUUUAUUUUGUAAAAAAUAUAUGUUUAGAAAACUAA